GCAUCUUUGAGCAUCCUGCAAGGCCCUUUGUGCACACCUUCCCCAUCCGUGUUAGGGGCUAUUCUAUGGCCAGUUUGCAAUUGCUGAGAUUUCAUGGCCUAGCCUGGAAGUUGGUUCAGCCUCAUGUACAAUUUUUCAGGCUUUUGUCCUACUUCACAUCUGUAUUGGAGCUGUCCCUCACAGAAUGUCACUUUCAGAGAGUUGAGCUAGUUCUGAGGAUGAUUGAUGCAUUGCCCCAUCUUGAGAGACUGAAGAUGACAUGUGUCACAUUUGCAAGUCCACAUAAAGCAGCUAUGCCAUGUGCAAGUUCAUUGUCCAAAAGCCUAAGCCUCAAAAACAUUGCCAUAGUGGGAUGUUAUGGCAAUGGAUCUUCUGUGAGGCCCUUUGACCCUAACCUUUAUCAAGGCAUACUGGGCAUAUAUAUUGCAUAUCCAAACAUUGAGAAGAUAAAGAUUGACUUGACCUAUUUCCUCUCAUAUGUUCAGUUCAUGCAGUUUGUAUCUACCUGCCACUUUGCACAAGAGGUCCAUAUCAUUGGUGAACCCAAUUGGGGUCAUGCGGACACAGUCAACUCAGUUGACAUACUGCCAAUCAUACUGGCCACAGGUAGCACAGCACCUGCACAUGUCAGGAUUGAAGAAAGUUCAUGUGCAUGCAUAUCACAAUUACUGGACUUGGCAAGCCUGUAUUGCCAAUUUCAAAAUGUGUACAUUGAACUCAAAGAGAAUCCAUCUGAAGAGUUCCAGCUACAGCUCUUCAACACAUUGCAGACAUCUGGCCCUCCACAAACCUAUUUGGCAUGGAGCUCACUGGAGCAUGCAAAUUAUCUCUUCCCUGAUGUGGUUGCCAACAUGACAAAGAAAUCCUUGUUUGCUUUGUUUGCAGAGGUCCCACUGAGCCAACAUUGCAUCCAACAAGCCCUGAUGUCAAUUUUGCCCUACACUCCAAGGUCAUGGGUCAAUGAUUUCCAUAUUACAUUCAGCCUACAAACUCCCAUUGGCUCCCUUGAAAGCCUGGAUACACUGGUGGAAGAGCAUGCCUCUGUCAAUGUGCUCCAUGCAAUGCUUUGGCAACAUCCAUUCUGCAUCCAGUCAGUAGAUGUGCACAUUACAUUUGGGUUCACAGAGACAACACCAGCUCUCCAUAAUGAUAGUAUUGUAGCUGCUAUGUCUGCACUUGUCACAUCUUUUGUGAUACUCCUUUUCAGACCAUGGAUAAGGAAGGGCAUCUUGACACUUAGAUUUCCUGAUGGUUCUGAGAUGAUACCAGGAACCUAUUCAAUAUGAUUCUCUUGUAUAACUUUG